GUUAACAGCUGGUUUAAAAUUAUAUUUUUCUGAUCCCGUAGUUUGAAGUGAAGAUACAAUACAAUGGGUUGCAGUUCAAAGAUAGCUGUUUAUGUAGUAGUCUUUAUGUAUUUAGCAUCCUGGACAACAGCAAAACGAAAUACGGCCCUUAGGCAGGCCUACACUGCUUUAAUGAGACCUGCACUAAGCUUUUGCAUCUGCGCCAGCGAUGUUGAGCUUGAAAUGGCAAAUUGUGCAGUAUACAAACGAGAGUUUCCCAAUGACGCCUGUUUAAAGUGCUUCUUCAAAUGCGUAUUUACAGAAAUCUGCAUUUUAAACCCUGAUGGCACAAUUGACAGAGAUACACUUAUAAGGACAGUACCAGGUGUGGAUUCCGACAUUGCGGACAAAUGUAUAUCUACGGUUGACGAAGAGACUGAUCUUUGCGAGAAGAUGUACGAUUUCGCAGUGUGUUUAGAUUUAGAAAUUUUCGGUCAACAAUAACCUAUACUACUAUUUUAUUUCACAAUAUGCAUUAAACAUAUGGAAGAAAAACAAAGCGGGAAUAUUACAAAAUGGUGUUUAUAAACAAUAAAAACUUUAGGAGAGAAAAAUCUGAAACUUUCCUCUUGGAAGCUUUCAGAGAAUUUACACAAGUAUCAAGCAGAGCUCGGCAGUAUUCGAUUUUGUAAAUAC